AUGCAUCAGCAAAGCUUCACACACUAUCGUAUUGCCCCAAGCACAAAGAUGGAUAUAUCUAGCCAAUCAUCGCUAAGAGCGCUCGACUGCACGACCUACGUUUUUUUGAUAAUGAGCGGUCACGCUGGAAGCGAAAAGAUCAUGUUCACGACGGCCACAGGCGCCUUCUUCGGCAUCACCGUUGGCUCCGUCGAGUCGGUAUGGGCUAUACCGAAGCUUGGUGCUAAGCUACCAAAGCUUUCAAAACAGCUUAAGCACGUAGGCCAGCGCUCGCUCGUGUUCGCUGCUGUUGGCUGCAUCUUCACUACCGGUGAAUAUGUGGCAUCUCAGAUUCGUCAGAAAGAAGAUCCUAUCAACGCUGGUGUAGGUGGAGCUCUUGUCGGCAUUGUGCCUGGCAUGGUUAAGCAGAGCGUGCGCGUAGGUGUCGGUGCAGGAAUUGCUUCAGCUGCGAUUGUGACUGCUGCGUCGUUCUGGCAAUCAUCUCAGGAAACGUCUUUUGAAAAGUACGCCGCUGCUCGUCACGCUGAGCGUGCUUGA